CCGGGUUGGGGCGGCUGCCCAGUGAGUCCUCCUGGCCGGCCGGGCGGAGAAGAGCCACACCGAAGCCGGCGGGAGGGGAGCACUUCAAGGCCGCCGGCUGCGGAGGAUGGGCGCCUGAGCGGCUCCGAGCGCAGCGCGGCAGAGGAAGGCUAGGCGAGCUUUACUGAGGAAGCUUCCGGGGAUCCCGAAGUGCAGCCUGCUCCGGGAAGAUGGCUCGGCCUGGGCAGCGUUGGCUCGGCAAGUGGCUUGUGGCGAUGGUCGUGUGGGCGCUGUGCCGGCUCGCCACGCCACUGGCUAAGAACCUGGAACCGGUAUCCUGGAGCUCCCUCAACCCCAAGUUCCUGAGUGGGAAGGGCUUGGUGAUCUAUCCCAAGAUUGGAGACAAGCUGGACAUCAUCUGCCCCCGAGCAGAAGCAGGGAGGCCCUAUGAGUACUACAAGCUGUACCUGGUGCGGCCUGAGCAGGCAGCUGCCUGUAGCACGGUGCUUGACCCCAACGUGUUGGUCACCUGCAAUAGGCCAGAGCAGGAAAUACGCUUUACCAUCAAGUUCCAAGAGUUCAGCCCCAACUACAUGGGCCUGGAGUUCAAGAAGCACCAUGAUUACUACAUUACCUCAACAUCCAAUGGAAGCCUGGAGGGGCUGGAGAACCGGGAGGGGGGUGUGUGCCGUACACGCACCAUGAAGAUUAUCAUGAAGGUUGGGCAAGAUCCCAAUGCUGUGACUCCUGAGCAGCUGACUACCAGCCGGCCCAGCAAGGAGGCAGACAACACUGUCAAGACGGCCACACAGGCCCCUGGGGGUCGGGGCUCCCUGGGUGACUCUGAUGGCAAGCAUGAGACUGUGAAUCAGGAAGAGAAGAGUGGCCCAGGUGCAAGUGGGGGCGGCAGCGGGGACCCUGAUGGCUUCUUCAACUCCAAGGUGGCAUUGUUCGCGGCCGUCGGUGCUGGUUGUGUCAUCUUCCUGCUCAUCAUCAUCUUCCUGACGGUCCUACUACUGAAGCUACGCAAGCGGCACCGCAAGCACACGCAGCAGCGGGCGGGCCUCUCGCUCAGUACCCUGGCCAGUCCCAAGGGGGGCAGUGGCACAGCGGGCACUGAGCCCAGCGACAUCAUCAUUCCCUUACGGACUACAGAGAACAACUACUGCCCCCACUAUGAGAAGGUGAGUGGGGACUACGGGCACCCCGUCUACAUCGUCCAGGAGAUGCCACCCCAGAGCCCGGCAAACAUCUACUACAAGGUCUGAGUGCCAGUGUGGCCUCAGGCCCUCGAGGGACAGUCAGCCUGGACCGGACCUCUCCUUUUGCCCACAGCCCCUCCCCUCGCCAGCUGUGCCCACCUUUGUAUUUAGUUUUGUAGUUCUUGGCUUUUAUAAUCCCCCUUUUUCCCUGCCCCCUGGGCUUCGGAGGGGGUGCUUGUGCCCCUAAUCCCCAUGCUCUUGUGCCUUCCCCCUCUGGCCAGGCCUCUGGGCUCUGUGGGGGCACCCUUCUUGGAGGCAGGGCUGGAUGCUGAUGGACAGCAGGCGGGGAGACCGUUCCCUAGCCCUGCCCCUCCCUCGCCCCCCUUGCCCCCUUCCCAGGACUGCUUGUCCGCUAUCAUCACUGUUUUUAAUGCUUUUGUGUUCAUUUUUUAGCUGUCAACUCAUUUUCAUCUGUUUUUUGAAGAAAAAUGGAAAAAUGUAAAAGACAGCCCCUCCCCAGGCUUUGUGAGCCUGGCCUAAGUCAGUAUAAGAGGGCCUGGGGCACGAUAUGGUCAUCCAGGAAGCAUAGGAUGCCAUUUCUUUAUAGACUCCUUGGUAUUUCUGGCAGGGUAAGGGGCAGGCCAGGGCUGUUCCUGCCCAUGAGGGAAGAGGAAAGUGCCACUGGGCAAGGUGUCCCACCCUCCCCUCUUGACCCUCCUUCUACGGAGCUUAUCCUGGCAAUGGGGUAGUCACUGCCACCCUUCCACCAAAAAAAAAAAUCCCUUCCUUGUGGGAUCCUUGGGCAUCUCCUGCUCCCUCACUCUCACGGUAAUUAAUGUCUUAAUUGGCUGUUGCCUGGGGAACAGGAGAGCUGCUGCAGGCAGAUGACCUCAUGGGGGGUGGAGGGAGGUGAGGUGCUCAGGUGGCUAUUUGCCCUGAAGAGCUGGGAGUUUUCCCCCACCCCCCCCCCCCGCCCUGUUCUCUCCUUACCUUUGGCAUCCUUUGGCCUGGUGGGGAAACAGAGGCCCAGGGUGGAGACCUAAGCGGGUAUAAGGCCAGGUGGCCUGCUCCUUUUCUGGGUCCUAGCACAGGUGGGUAACCCCCCGCCCAACCCAGCUCCUGCUGCUCUCCCAGUCUUGGGCUGGGGCCUGGAAAGAGGAAGAGGCUGCCUGGGGCUGGGUCAGCCCGCCGUGCACUUUGACCCCAGUUCCUUGCCAGCCACGGCUGCUAACAGACUGCCGCUUGAGUGUGCCUUGCAGGCACACCCAGAGCAGCCAUGGAAGGAGCUGGGCCUCACCCAUCCACCUCCACACUGCCUCCUGGCCGGCUGCCCACCCCGGUGCCAGGUGGGAGAGGGAGCAGAACAGCCAGCCCCUUCCAGGUGGCAGUCGGAGGGGUUUUUGUUUUUGUUUCUGUUGCCAUUUGUGUAAAUACUAGUCUUUUUGGAAAAAAAUAAUGUAAAGAUGUUUUGUAUAAACUCUGAA